CCCUAUAGGUGCGGGGACUGCGGGAAGAGCUUCUCCUGGAGCUCCCACUGGGAACGGCACCAACGGAUCCACACCGGAGAACGUCCCUAUCAAUGCGGGGACUGCGGGAAGUGCUUUGGGAGGACGUCCCACCUCUACCGCCACCAACGGACCCACGCCGGGGGCCAACCCCACGUGUGUGCUGAGUGUGGGAAGAGCUUCAACAGCACCCUCCACUUCCAGAAGCACCAACGGGCUCAUGCAGGACCUCGCCACGCUUGUCCCGACUGCGGGAAGGUCUUCGCUGAUGGGUCAGCCCUGGCCAAGCAUCGGCGGGUUCAUGGCGGGGAGAAGCCCUUCCCGUGUCCACGCUGUGGACGGCGCUUUGGCUCCAUCGGCAUCUGCGGGGGCACGGAGAGGAACCGCUCGAGGAGCCAUCAAAGGAGCUGGCGCCGUGUUAACGGAGGGAGGGAGGAGAAGGGGACGCGUUGGGUUGACCCCCUGUUGGGUGGCUCCUCGGCCGGGUGUGGGUUGUCCCCUUUGGUGGCACCGAGCGGGGUCUUGAGGACGUAG